AUGCAGAUCUCAGCAGCUCAGGUGGAGCAGCCGGUCGUGCAGGUCGGCUCCUCCAUGUUCGCUGCCUCCAGCAAAACACGUGAAUGUGCUCCGGCUCUACAGAGACUGAGCUCCAGUAACCUGCGGCAGUUUGUAGUUUACAGCCAGAGAGUCACGUCAUGUUCACUUUCCGAUGUUAGCGGACAGUCUGAACCCGGCUGCUGUAAACACACUCAAUCUCUCUCUGAUCCAGGUCCAGAUCCCGGAGGCCUGUCACAUGCCAGGAGGCCUCUUUUCCCAGAAGUCUGCAGGGCUGAGAGGCUGCAGAGGGAACAGAGCGUCCGUAGGAAACGGCUAAAGAAUUCUCACAACGACACUGAAACACAGAACCAGCACGGCCUUACAUGGUCGUUUGUGCUGCAGCGACCGGGCGAUAGCGGAGGAGGACAGGAAGCGUUCGCUGUUUCCAGGACAAAAGACUAUUGUGUCCUCGGAGUCGACCUGAGAAAGGCUGCGACGAGCGGCGUUCUGCGUUCACAUCAGGACAACAAUACGCCGCCCGAGCAGCCGAGAGGAGAACAGAAGGGGGCAGAGUGCGAGGAGAGAUCAGAGUCCGAGUCAAGGCCGCAUGUUCGGUCUCUCUGUUGUCCUGAAGGAGCUCGGAGCACGCUCAGUUCUCACCAGGACAAAGACAGGAAGACGUUAAGACUGGACACGACGCUGGGAGAGUUUUGUCUCUCACCAACGUCCGUGACACACCUGGACGUUGGUGGGUCCGUCAUAACAAAGUCCUGCUCUGUGACCCAGGUCCCAAAGUAUCACGAAAGACACGGUGGGAUUCAGUUUGCCCCCCCCCGUGACCUUAAGGGAAGGUCAAGACGUUAUUUUUAGACUCCGAGUGGCUCUGUGGAGGGCGAUGUCUGCGUGUUGGUUGGUCGGUCUAUUACGUCCAUCUGACUAUUGGAUGGAUUAAGAUUUUCUACAGGCGUGCAUGAACCCCAGAGGAUGAAUCCUAAAGACUGUGGGGAUCCUCUGACCUUUCCUCUAGUGCUUUACACUGUGGGCCCCCCGCAGACAAACUGCGCAGUGUUGGCUACACCUCGAGACCUGUUGAUUUAGUCUAUAUGUGUUCACAUGUAGUCAAACUGUCCCGUUAGAGCAGCCGAACCAGCAGUCAGCAGCUCCUGUCUGCAGUGGACCCGUGGACGGACAGACAGCUGUCUCUGGAUCACUGUGAGACUGAAGGAAACUUAGAAACAGCAGGAUUCUCAGGCAGGUUCUGCAGCGGCUUUCUUCUCUGGUGGAUUUCCGGAUGUUUAUUUGUGGUGGACAUCAGAGAAUCUGUGUCAGAUUAGAUGACAAGAGUUCCUCUCUGGUUCAGGACUCAGGAUCUCUCUUCCUGUGUCUCGUCUGGAGUCUGAUCAGUUUCUGUUUAUCCACAAGGAGAGAACAGGAAGCUGUCAGCAGCCAAAACAUCGACCCCUGGAUGUCACGACGUCUCUGAGGAGGAGGAGGAGGAGGAGGAGGAGGAGGAGGAGGAGGAGGAAUCCCAUCCGGCACCACUGCACGCUUCUGGUGUGUAAUAAUCAGUGAUGUGGACAACACGUCCUCAUACCAAAAAGACAGAAUAGGCUGUUUGCCAAUGACUCCCAAAACAGCAUAUAUGACCGUUGGAGAAACUACUUGGUUAGGUUUAGGGAAAGAUGCGUCUGAAAUACUGGAUCCAGCAGAGUCCUGAGAGUCUGAUCAGGACAGUCACCGUCCAGAUAUCUCGUCUUAUUACACAGACUGAUUCCCCUUCAUGUGUUCAGUUUCUAGCUCUGAUAAAAGUGUUAAUGUCAGACUAAAAACAUGUCUGAAACACACUAUCAGUACAAAGUACAACAGCAUUCAGAUAAAGCAGAAAGAAGGCUUCCAGACACUCAACGUGUUUCUUUUCUCUGGAGAAAUUCAGAUUAUUGGUAAUUGUUUUCCACUCAUAUGGACAGCGAGGGCCACUGUUAGAAAAAACUACUAUGAGAUUCAGAGAAGUCGGAACAUGUGGUUAUAAUUUCAAGAGAAAAACGGAGGGGGGGAGAAACAGCCAGUCGUUCAGUUACGAUGGAGACAUGAAAGCAGAUAGUGUGUGUUGAGAAAAGCGAACCGGGUUAGCUACCGUAGCUAGUCAGACAGACCAGCGCAGUGAAAGCAGGGAGCCAAUCGGAGGGUGACUCAAGCGCUCCGCCAGGCGCCUCGUGCUCCGGAUGAGACCUGACCUUCGUACUUUAUUGUACGUCUGGAACUGACGGUUUGAAACUGAUUUUUGGGGCAGUUAAUACUCAUCUUCUGCUGACAGCAGAUGGUGGAAGGAGUGAAAGGCCGAUGAAGGAAAAACCAAAUCACCUCCAGCAUGUUGAUCCUCAUUAGCGGCGGGGAGGGGCUGAUGGGAAAUGCGGUCUUAAUGUGGAGAAACAUGAGCGCUAACAAUACAAACAGAAUUCUCCACCACGCUCUGGUUGGCUCGCUGAAUAUUAAAGUGACAGAUGUUUCCAAACUCUUUCUGACCACUUGCAGCUCUGCAAUCUGUCCUCAACACACACAUCCAGGCCGGUUAAUUAAAAGCAGACGAUUGGCUGCUAAUUGGGCGUCUUCCAGCCUCCCAUCCCCCACAUCCCAAUCCCCCCCCCGUCCCGUCAGAGUCUGCUGGGCCUCGCUGGACCAGCUGCUGCCGGUCUGAGACUCCCAGAGCCUGCAGACCCUCGACAGCAGCUCAGUUUCCCUGGAGAACAACAACACUAAUAUUACUAUUAUUACAGCUUCACACCUUACCAGAGUGUAAACUUCCAGCUUCUGUGAAUUUUCACCUUCUUUACAAAAAGUAAAACGUAUUUUAGUUCGUUUUAAAAGAAAGCAAAAUCCCUGUAGGCGCACUAAGACGAGCUAAUAACAGAAUGUGUUCAUGCAGGUAAUUCAA